GACUCUGACAGGUAGUUCGUAUUCGGGUCUUGGGAAUGACGGAUAUAUCAUAAUGUUCUCUCGGUAGCUGCGUUGCACGUUAGUUGUGAAACGGAGCCUCACGCUGAAUCGUCGCCGCAGGAUGGGGGUCCUAUUGGUGUUGGCUUGUUGUGUGGCUUCCGUUGUGGGCAAUGCAGAUGUAUCCGGAACUGUGUCUUAUCCAACGCCGACUGACGUCACGGUGACGUUCCCACUGACCAUCAGGGGUUCUUCACCCGCGGACCGAAUAUUCAUGAACAUAAGGAAGGACCUAAUAAACUUGGAGAAGGGUGACAUCGUUUCCAUCUGGACGAACCCGGUAUCUGUUGCCAACCAUACGUUCCUGGCAGACGUUGCUGAACACACAGCAGACGCAACAAUAUACUCAGCAGACAACAUCACAGAUGCCGAUAUUCGGAGCAGCUCAUCAGCACUAACUGUAUCAUUCGAAGGGUGCGGGAAUUCAACAUUCUCGCUGCCGUAUCGCAUACUGACAGCAGGGCAUCUGAAGGAAAGCUCCUUGUGCGGAAAUUCUGCCGGAUGUUCCUACCGAGAGGUCUCAGGCGUGCUUAUGUUCCCUUUUGUUCCGAUAGAUCAGACAUUCACCCACAUUAUAGAAAGUAAUGCAAGCGAUGUCGUCUUCAUGCAUUUGGAUCCAGACGCCAUUAAACUGUAUUCUGAGGACCAGUUGGUGAUAUUCAAUCACCAAAAUUGCAUAGGCGAUGCAAUUCUUCGACUAUCACAUGACGAACCUCUGGAAGGACCAUUGACGCUUUCGAGCCAUGGGUCGGGAUUUUGUGCCACGUACACUGGGUCGAACAACUCUUCUUACUUCUAUAUCAGUUUCAAGACGAUUGCAAUGAGAUUCGUACACGUCAAACGCCUGGAAGACAUAAGCCAAGACUACCGUAGGAGCACCAUGGUGAUCUGGCUACUGGAAAACGUCAGGAAUAUGACGGACUCAUUUCUCAACUUUGUCGUCCGAAGGCUUGAAAUUGAUCAAAGCCAAGGAGAGUUCUUCGCCAUAGGAGCAGGAAAUCGCUCUCAAGUUUUGCGAGGCUCACCAGCAAUGCUGAUUAGCAACAGUAUACUUCCACCGAGAAGCCUUUCAUUCCAAGUAACUGGCCCUAACGCGUACGUCAUGUUAUACAUUGGUGACAGGCCGGGACAUGUAGAACCGAGCACGAACGUAGUCUACCUGGAAUGGGAACAGAAAGCACUGGCCACCAGCGGAUCUUCGACUCCUCGUACGCCAUUUCAACUGACAUCAGUCUGGCAAGAAGCCAUGCUUAUAUGCGCUGACGUGAAACUGAAGAAUGCGUCGACUUGGCGUGACUCGAAACAAAUGAUCCGCCAGAAAUACGCGCACGCUGCAAACCUGUACUUGAAAGAAAAGACACACACAGUUGACAGGAUGAUAUCGGCGGAUCAAGUGAUGUUGCCGGACGAGAAUCCGAUUCUGAGCCAGCACGGGUGGGGAGUCCGGGUUUCACUUCUGCUCUCUGUGUCCCGUGCACACGAGUCAGACAUGGCGUUCUUCAAACACGACGAAUUAUAUGCCAUCUACGACCGUAUGAGCAACGAAGAUGGACGGUCGAGGAUAACGGACGACAGAGAUGACAAUGACGUUUGGCUGUCAAGACACUGCCGAGAGCCUGCCGUCACAUUCUGGUGGUUUGUAUACGCCGCAUUUUGCCUGGGCGUCUCCCUGGUUGUCUUUCUUGCCAUGUGGAAGUGGAAAGCAGGAUCCUACCCUUCAAGAGGCAACUCUAAGAAAGACUCCAAGGCUAAAGAACAGACGCAAGAGUUGGUAAUGCCCGACACUUUUCACGUGAAUCCAGCCUUUAUCCCGGAUGAAGAAGCGGACGCUCCUGACUUUCGGCCCACAAGCCUGCAGCAUUUCUAUGAAGAUUCCGAACGGCACAUUGAGAUACAAAAAGAUGGAACACUAUCAUCAGGGCGAAGGGAGAAUAGGCUUUUUUUCCCUCGACACAAUGCUGAGUCUCGAAUUGUCAACGAAGAACCGGUACAGUCUGUGCCAACGUAAGAUUACCGUGCGAGCUCUGUAUAUUCAUAAAGUAAAGUGCUAUAACAGUA